UUGCGCCCAUGUUCUUUACUUGAACAAACAGUCAUUGAGGUCUGACUAUCAAGCUUCUUACCCCUUACCGUUUCCUCGUGACCACAGCGAACGCUCAAUUUAAAAGCAUUCGGACUGUCCCCAUCCUCUACAUGACAGCAACAAUGGCGAGAAGCUUUACACCAUCUCAUUCUGUCCUGCCGAACACCACAGCAGUCAUCCUGCUCUUCCUAAUCUUAGGAACAACCCCUUGUCUGGUGUUUGGAGAGAAAACCUGGUGCAUUGCGAAGCCUUCAUCAGAUGUGGCAACACUGCUUGCCAACAUUAACUACGCAUGUUCUCAGGUGGAUUGCGGCAUGAUACAAAGCGGCCACCCCUGCUUCUACCCUGAUACUCCCAUAUCUCAUGCAUCCAUAGCCAUGAAUUUGUACUACCAAGCCAAGGGGAGGAAUGCUUGGAACUGUUACUUUAGCAACUCCGGGCUUCUCCUCAAUACAAAUCCAAGUUAUGGCAGUUGUGUUUAUGCUUGAUGGCAUCGUUGGAGAGUCUCCCCGCCUACUGGGGAACAAGGCGAAGCGAUCGUAGCUUAGAUUCCAUGUUCGCGGUUUUUUAUUAUGUUUUGUUUACCACUGAUGAAACAUUGAUGAAAUCAUGAAAAUAUGGACGGAAUAAUAUAAAUAUUUGGUCUCUUUCAGGAUUA